CAAUUCUUCUUAUCCUGCAGGGUGCUCGUGCACUUCCCAGACACCUCUCUCUCUCUCUCUCUGUUGCUCAAUAGAGUUUUAGAUCCAAUCUAUACAACACCAGAUCAAGAUCGCUCACUCGUUUCGCUGUAAGCUCCCGCGAUCUUAACGCACCACCGAUCAGGAUGGCCAAGGACGAAGAGCAGAGCAGAGGCAUUUCCGCCGCCACCCCCGCCGGCGGCGGCGGCGGCGGCGAUCGCCCGCCCCAGUACGGCACGUUCCAGGGCGUCGCCAACUACCCUCCUCCGCCGCCGCCGCCGCCUCAUGCGGCGGCGAUCGGCUUCCCUCAGCCGGUCCCCCCUCCCGGCGCCUCCCACGAUCCCUCCGCUCCUCCUCCGUACCACGCCCAGGGUUAUCAGGCCGUUCCAGGUUAUCCAGUUGCCGAAGGAAGGCCCGUGAGAGAACGGCGCCUGCCUUGUUGUGGCCUUGGUUUCGGCUGGUGCCUGUUCAUCAUCGGUUUCUUUCUGGCUGGCAUCCCCUGGUACGUUGGGUUGUGUUUUGUAGUCUGCUGCAGACACAGAAUGGACUACCGAGAGAAGCCCGGCUACAUUGCUUGUACAAUUGCCGCCAUUCUUGUAACGAUCGCUAUAAUUUUCGGGGUGACAAAAGGAGUCGAGCAUCGAUAACCAAGUUGGAGGCUGAGCCAGCUGCUGUAUGGAUAAACUCUAUGUGCCCUAGUUUGUGCACCUCUCUCUCUGAUUUCUACGACUGGGAUUGGUGUUCUUGGUGAACGCACAUUUGUUGUAUCCUGUUAAACAGCGAUAUGUGCACCAGUUGAAGAGUCGAUAUGAUUUUCUUUAUAGCAUGGAGGGGUUAAAUUUGCGCUACAUUGGUGUUUGUUUGAGAUAGUACUUGAUAUCUUUAUGAGGGGUUGCAGACUCUUCUUACCUGUAAUAAUGAAGGGAACCAAAAUCUUAUCUCCA